AUGUUUAUGGGCUGUUUAGAAGUUAAGUUUUACGUUAUGUUACUUUUACCAAUGAUGCAAAUAAAUAUGCAAACAGAAACGCAACAUUCAUCAAUAGAUAGAGAAAACGUUCAAGAAUCGAUAAAGAUAGAACAAAAUGGCUCUAGAAAGGCUGUACAAAGAAAGAAUAAGGAAACUGAGGAUGACGCUACUUUAGCUAAAGCUAUUAAAGUUAUGGAACGGCCUGUCGAUUACUUUCAAAUAUUUGGAGAUUAUAGUUAUCUGAUCAGGAAGAAAGACGUUCCUUAUCAACAACACCGGUUUCGAUCCCGCUUGUAUCUCCAGUAUAUGACACAAGUAGCUCAAAUUCACAGUCUUUUCAUACAUUGCAGUCAUACAAUAAUACCUAUUCUGAUCAACUUCACCCAGGGGAAAGACAAAAAUAUAGAUUCCUCUAAUUUGCCAAUGAAAGCUUCUUAUCUAAUGUCAGUAGUAAACAGGAAAGCGCAUCGGCAACAUUGUAAAACCAGAGCAGGUGAACACAUGAAUAGCGAGGGAGAGACAACCACGACGCGACGUUUGAUGGAAAUGAAAGAACUGCAAAGUCACGGUCUCAACAUUGGCAUGCUAUAUGGGAUAGAAAAGGGCUUUUUUUCCGAAAUCACGCCAGAUUAUAUGGUCUUUGUUACGCUACGUUACCUUGCAACUGGGUCCUUUUUGCAAGUAAUAGGGGAUGUACAAGGUAUGGACAAACGAACUGCAAGCAAGGUUGUGUCGAAAGUUAUAAAAUCAUUAGCAGUCCAUUUUAAAGAAUUAAUAAAAAUGGCGAAGAGAGAACUGUGCAUAGGAGCUUUAGACUGCACCCACAUUAAAAUAAAAUCUCCAGGUGGUGCAGACCCAGAGAAUUAUAGGAACAGGAACGGUUUCUUUUCCUAUAAUGUACAGGUUCUAAAGAUCAAAACCGCCGAAACUGAUAUGCAAGCGAGCAGAUACCUCACCAAUGUUCCCAGGGGAAGUCCUUUAUGCAAACAAAACCGCACUUCUCGUGUUCAGUUCCAUUUCCUGCUCGGAAUAAAGGACGAUUUCAGCCAGCAACCAGAACAAAUUCUGAAGAUCAAAAUGGCCGAAACUGAUAUGCAAGCGAGCAGAUACCUCACCAAUGUUCCCAGGGUCAUAUACCACCGGUGGUACACGACCUCCCUGAACAAGAAGUAUAUGUCACAGCCGACGUGUACCUCCGGUGGUACAUGA